AUGGGACUCUGUGGUUCGAAGGAAGACGUAACAAACAACCAACAACAACAAAAUGCAACCAAUUCAAAGAAACCAAAUGCAAUACCCAAUCAGAAACAAAGGCAAAGACAAACGCAUAUUAAAGAUACCACUAUUAAUACUAUAGCCAACAACUCCCAAAAGAACAACAACAACAACAACAACAACAACAACAAAGUUGCUACAGUGGCAGGCCCACCAACAACAACAAAACUAGUAACGAAAAUCACUAAAAAAUCACCAUCACAAAUAGAACAAGAAAACAAAAUUGAAAAAUCAAAAAUAAAUUCAUAUAAAAAAAAUGCAUCAUCAUCAUCAUCAUCAUCAUCAGAUAAAGAAACAAAAGUAUUACUAUUAGGAGCUGGUGAAAGUGGGAAAUCUACCAUAUUACAACAAUUGAAAAUAUUACAUGGUAGUGGUUUUUCUCAUGAUGAAUUAUUGGAAUUUAUCCCCAUAAUCUAUAAUAACUUAUUGGAAAUUGGGAAUGAUUUGAUUAUCGCUAGAGAAAAAUUUAAUAUUCCUAUUGAAUCAUCAUCAUCAUCAUCCGUGACUCUUAUAGAUAUAGAAAAAUUUAAAGAAUUUGCCUUGGAGCCUGAUAAUGGGACUGAUGAAGACGAAGAUGAAGAUGAUGACGACGAGAACGACGACGAGGACGAGGACAAGAACGACAAACAUACAAAAGAAGAAGAAGACAAUAUCGAAAUUAGAAGUAAUAGUAAUGAUGAUGAUGAUGAUGAUAAUAAUAAUAAUAAUGACCCGAAAAAGCAAAAGACUAGAAUAAAAAUGAUCUCAGAAUUCCCUAUGGAAAUUGCAAAUUUUUUGAAAGCAUUAUGGAAUUUAAAAACAACUCAAGAUUUAAUUAAAAGUAAUCAUAGAUCAGAUUUCUAUCUAAUGGACUCUGGUCAAUAUUUCAUGAAAAAUUUGGAUAGAAUUGUUCAACCUGGUUAUAUACCAAACGUACAAGAUAUCUUACGUUCAAGACAUAAAACAUCGGGGAUUUUCGAUUUAAGAAUAAAUAUGACAUCAAAUUUAAAAUUACAUUUAUUCGAUGUCGGGGGACAAAGAUCUGAACGGAAAAAAUGGAUUCAUUGUUUUGAUAACGUCACUUUGAUAAUAUAUUGUAUAUCAUUAUCAGAAUAUGAUCAAUUUUUAAUUGAAGAUUCUUCACAAAAUAGAUUUCAAGAAUCAUUAAUAUUAUUUGAAAAUAUUAUUAAUUCAAGGUGGUUUGCAAGAACAUCAGUGAUUUUAUUCUUAAAUAAAAUUGAUCUUUUCGCUGAAAAAUUGAAAAAAAUACCAUUAGAAACUUAUUUCCCAGAUUAUACAGGUGGACAAGAUAUUAAUAAAGCAACAAAAUAUAUCCUAUGGAGAUUUAUGCAAUUGAAUAGAGCAAAUUUAACUAUUUAUCCUCAUGUGACACAAGCAACUGAUACUUCCAAUGUUAAACUGGUUUUUGCUGCAAUUAAGGAAACAAUAUUGGAAAAUAGUUUGAAAGAUACAGGCGUGUUGUAA